AUGGCUGCCAAUGGACUCCAGUGGAGUCCCAUUGAGUCCCAUGGAGUGGCUGCCAAUGGACUCCAGUGGAGUCCCAUUGAGUCCUAUGGUCCUAUGAGUCCUCUUUUGCGAUGGAAGUAUAAGAAAAAAUUUCAGCAGAUUUGUCGAAAUCAGCGUCAAAAAACACGGUUCUACAGCCUUUUAAUUCGUUCAUUCAUCCAAAAAACACGUAAUGGGGCGCAUAUUUUUGAAUCAUAUUGGUGGCUCAAGACUAUUCUCAUGUGCUAGCUGUGACACUCCGCUAACAAAUCGUGCUGAACUUAUUUCUACCCGGUUCACUGGAGCAACAGGUCGUGCAUUUCUCUUCAAGCGUGUUGUGAACCUGAAUUAUAGCGAGGUUCAAGAUCGUGUAAUGCUGACAGGAAGACACAUGGUGCGAGAUGUUGCAUGUAAAAACUGUGAAGCCAAACUUGGAUGGAUUUAUGAGUUUGCAACAGAAGAAAAUCAACGUUAUAAGGAAGGACGUGUCAUCCUCGAGAGGGCUCUAGUGACUGAGAGUGAGGGAUUCGAAGAAUCAUCACCAACUGAUAAUAAUAAUUCGUAA